UAGACAGGCUGUUGCUAUGUUUGUGUGGGAGCACCAAAGUGUGUGCGACUCUCAGGCUUGUCCUCCUAGCAGUAUGCUUUAAUGAAUUCCCUUUGGGGCGUGAUUGACACGGGAGUGCUGACAAAGGCGGGUUAUGGAUAAAAGUAGAGGAACGACAGAAAGGAGGGCGAUUGAACUGUUUACAGGUUAUCGCUUUUGUUGGAAUAGUCUAGAAAUGAGAAAUACAAAUUUACGACGGCAGUUAAGACACCAUUUCAAGGUGUAAAUCUUCACGGAUUACUACAUAUCGAAGUUCCUUCCAGUGUGUUUCUAGAGUGGAUUCACUAUAAAAACAGAAAAUAUUACAUUUAAAAGUGAAUAGUUACAACAUUUUUGGGACAAUCCAUAGACGUUAAAUUGAGAGAGGAUGGAGAACGUCGGAGUCAACACAGUCGCAAAACCACCAACCGGCAGAAAAAUGAAGGCCCGAGCUCCACCUCCACCUCAAGCUCCUCAGCCAGCCCCUCGCAGGAUCUUCCCAGAGACCCAACCCACAGCGCCGGAGUCCUCAGAGCAGGGCGCGGGGGACCUGAAAGAGAACAUGCUGUGCCCCACUGUGGACAUCCUCAUCAUCCUGCCAGACGGAAUAGAGAAGAAGAGCACAGUGAAUGGAAGAAAAGCAGUGAUGGAUUUACUAGUGGAUUUGUGCAGCCAGUACCAUUUAAGCCCAGCAUACCAUACCCUGGAACUGCAGUCUGGUGAGGCUCAGCCAUUAGCCUUUAAGCCAAAUACUCUGCUGGGAAUGUUAGAUGUGCACACAGUGCUAAUAAAGGAAAAAGUUGUCGAGGAAAAACCCAGAAGACUGCCACCUAAAGUGCCAGAGAAAAGCGUGAGGCUGGUAGUGAACUAUCACAGGACUCAGAAGGCCGUGUUGCGUGUAAAUCCUCUUGUGCCACUGAAGAGUUUAAUUCCACUCAUUUGUGAAAAAUGCGAAUUUGAUCCCAGACAUGUUAUAUUGCUGAGAGACAAUAUUAACAACAGGGAACUGGAACUUUCCAAAUCGUUAAAUGACCUGGGAAUUCGCGAGCUCUAUUUAUUGGACCACAGUCUAGUUCUUCUAUCUAAAAACCAUUCUUCACCAGUUCUAAAUUAUGGAGAAUCAGGUCGGACAUCGUCUCUGAGCACCAGUGCCUCUGAAAAGAAAGGCCUCCUGGGUUUCUUCAAACUCAACAGGAGGAAAAGUAAGCCUGAAGAGCAAAGAGCGAUGGACACAGAUGCUAGUGACUAUGGAGGCUACUCAACAGCUCCAAGUACCCCCGCUGUGAAUGCCCGCCCCGGGACACUGGGCCCAUCGCUGUCUGUCGGAAACAUCCCAAGAAUGUCUCCAAAAGAAGAUCUAAAGAAACGCAGAGCGCCGCCACCUCCUGCAGGGUUAUCCUCACUGCACAGCUCACAGGAGACCGUCCAGGUCACACCUGGCUCACCAAAUGCUAACCAGCAGAAGAAACGACGUGCUCCACCGCCACCAUGCACGCCUGUUCUGAGUACUAAAAUGGAGGAAAAGGCUCCUGUAAUCAAUAACCAAAUGGAAGAAGCAGAACCAGAAAUCAAUAACAAAAUGGAAGAAGCAGAGCCUGUGAUGAAUAAUACUGCAGAGCAAACAGAAUCAAUGAGGAAUUGCAAAGUCGAGGAAACAGAAAACAACAGGCGUAGCACCAUGGGUGCUGGGCGUCAAGUGCCACUAAAGCCUCGAAGAGGCAAUGUGCGUGAUCCACCCCAGUUAGUGCUCCCCCCUCCCCCACCAUACCCUCCUUGUCUAGACAUGGACUUUAUGGAUCCACAAGUAUUUCAACCAACUGAUGCUGAACUUGCAAGCCAGAUGGACCACCAAUCUUGGCUGAGAUCUAUGCAGGAUAGCCAUUUAGAACAAAAUGAAAUGGAAUCACAAGGCCUGCAAGAACUGGAGACGGUUUCCAUGGCGAGCAGUGGAAGCUUUCGUGACAAUACCCGCGCUGCUUCAGAGGGUACUGCCGAGGACUCGGGCAUCGUCAGCUCACCUUCAGACAUAGUGCACCCCACCUCUCCCGAUGGCAGUCUGAGAGUGGAUCAGUGCUCCAGUGAAGCAGGUGUGCCAUGUCACAAAGAUGCCUGCUUAGCCACAACCAAGGAUUUCUCCAGUGACAGCGAAGAAGGUAGCACUACAUGGACUUUAAGUAGCAGACACAAUAGUGACAUGCAUCCCGAAGAAAGCAGAGGUGGCAAUGAUGUUGAGCAGUAUGAUGAAGAUCUGUAUAUCACAACUCAGCUGCACCAGACUCUGACAGAUCUAGAGGCUGAUUUAGAAGAAAUAGAAGAUGUAGACUGUGCCACGGAAAUGUCAACAUUCUCUAAAGAGAAGAUUGAGAUAUCUUAUCUUGGUAAAGAGUCUGUUUCUGAAUUAGAGAUGACAAUACCAGUGACUGCAAUAGACGAAGUGUGUGAGGAAUACAGGUGCAGCAUGACUGAUUACGAAGUAAAUAAAACAAAAACAGAGGAGGAAACAAACACUGAAAAAUAUUUAAAGAGUGACCUAGAAAACAAAAAUAACAACGCUGGCACAUCUGACAAAGAACCUACAAUUAGGAUCAAUCAUUUUGAUGCUUUGAUAUCAACAGACCAACUUAGUCCCACUACAAAUACAGACUGUGUGAAUCCUCAUAAAGUUUCAUCACUAAAGCUCAAAGACCAAACACAGAGAAAAAGUGACAAUCACAAAGAUAAGAUCAUGCUUGACAGUUUUAAGAAAACACAGAUGAUUUCCACACAACAGAAGACUCUAAAUAAAGAAACUUGGGGUGCAGCAAACCAAUCUAAGAACCAAGCGAAAGCAACAGAAUUCUCUGAAGAAGACUUGGGUAGCAACAAACACCAGGAAGGACCAGGGAAGUCACAUUCAUCCGCUAAAUGGACACAAACUAAGAUACCACAUGAGUUUGUUUCAAGAGUCGGCAUGAGUAACACUUUUACUGUUGUCCCACCAAAACCUGCUGUUAAACUGUAUCGAAAAGAAGGGGGGUCUUUAGUAUCAGGCGCAAUCAAAAUAGAUGCCCAAGGCAACCUCAUCCAGCCAGGUGCCACUAACAUUGUAAAACACAGCUCCUCAGGGGCUGGUAAGGAUGAAGAAGAUUCGCUACUUGGUAAAGCAAAGGCAUUUUGGAACUCAGCAGAACAAACAGAGCUGGAUACCACAAACAGAGUGGCCAUCACAAAACACAGUGUAGACCCUGAAGCCUCUAACCCACAGCACUUAGAGCCUGGUAGCAAGCUGAGGCCACCCGAGGAAGCAAAAUCAGUAAAGCCAAAGGAAUUAAAAGAAGAUUUUGUGAGAGAUUGUACUGAAGGAGACCAGAAAAAGCCUGUUAUCCCAGGGUUAACAUACCAACCCCCCAAAUCAUCCUUGUCAUCAAAUAUUGGGGCUAAGGCAGAUCCUUCUUUUCUAAAACCUUUUAGAAGAACCUCCAGUCAGUAUGUGGCAUCUGCGAUAACAAAAUACACUGGGAUGCCCACUCCCAGAGCUGAGCCUCUCCAUGAGUCAGCUCAAAAUAACUGUGAAAGCAUCCAAGAAAAUGAAAUAAAAAUGUCAAAGUCUACAAACUUUAACCAGCAAUCAGCAAUCCGAGAAGAUUUUCCAGGCGCCAGCCAAUAUAAACAUAGAGAAUCCAACAGCAUUAAACAUAUUCAAGCCUUUUCGGCCAUAUCUAAAGCAAAAGAACCAGGGUUAACUGUGUCAUCUGUGAAUCGGAGUAGACCACUGAGUUUUCCUAAUCAAUAUAUUACCCCGUCCCAGUCCACCAGACCUGCCUUUAAAGAAAGUGUUUCCACAGAGGAGAGAACUAAGAGUGACAUGCCAAACCCUAUACAGAGUAAAGCACACACCAUCACAGUACAAGAAAACAGGAAGAUGAAAAGCUUUGAAUUUCAUCCAUCCCCUUACCCAAAAAGUGCAUCUCCCCAGUCAUUUGUGGCUCCUCUAAAACCAGAUUCAUCUUCCUAUAGGUCUUACCGUUACCCUUCAAUUUCCCAGACUGGUUUAUGUGCACCUCAUGCUAAUAUUGAAUCUGUACCACAGAAAACAGUAAUGUGUCUUUCGGAGAUGUCUUCAACUAACGUAGCCGAACCCAGUCUUCAGGCCAAUGCUGGUAUAUUUGGUCCCAUCAAAAAGUUCAAGCCAGUUGCCUUGAAGCCAGUACAAAAGGACACUUCUUUGCACAGUUUACUCAUGGAAUCUAUCCAAGGAAGUGAAGGAAAAGAAAAGCUUAGAAAGACAUCUGAUGCUACAAGAAAUGACACUCAGAAGAAACCUUCCUUUGUUGAGGAGGAGAAUGAACGGUCAGCACUUUUGUCAGCCAUCAGAUCUCAAAAUGGUAUCUCAAGACUAAGAAAGACCACAUCAGCUGCAUCUGAAGAACUUUGUGCCAUUAAAAACAUAUCAGUGACAGAAAAUCACAGAAACACUGAAGUUGUUCUUUUUCCUCCGUCAUUCUCACCCCCUCCUCCUCCUCCAUCUGUUCUGACAAAAGUUUAUCACUCAAACCCUUCUGCAAAUUCAAAUAGUAACCCUGAGCAAACAAGGGAAGCUUUGCUGAAGGCUAUCUGCACAGGCACUGGCGCAGCACAGCUGAAAAAGGUCCCAGCUCCUUCAAAAACUGUACUUGUUAAUGGAAGACUAGGUACAAUACACACAUCUUCAAUUUCCUAAGAAUUCAAGCAUUAUACUGAACAUUUUGAAUGGAGUCACUACAAUCAUCAGAAUGGAUCCACCUUCCAAAAAAUCUGUCAUUAACCUACCUGCCAAAUGUUGUAAUUAGUUAUUUCUAUGUGUUUAUUUACAGGAAGUGAAUCUUAAAUAAGAGAUAAGAUGAGCCAUUAAUACACUGUGUGCCAAGAAUUGUUGCUCCUUAAUGCAUUUUCCACCAUUGACAAACAUUUCCCUUUGUCACAACUAAUUCUCCCUGGAAAUAAGGUGGUUAAAUAAAUACAUCUGAAAUUUGAAAUUAGAAAUUUGAGGUACAUCUGCUGACUUUUAUCAAGUUGCACAGUGCUGUUACCUGAUCAAAAACAAUAAAUAUGCUUAUAAUGCAGAAAAUGUAUUGGAAGUUAUUUCAAGUGAUCAGGGAAGGUAGGAAACAGCCCAAUACUUCUUAGAGGUAUUGUUUUAACAUAUAUGGACCUGAUACUGUCUCUAUAACUAAUAGAAAAACAGCAAAGCACAAUAUCAUUUAGCUUGGUAUAGUGGCUUUUUUGCAGUUCACAGUAUAGAUGAAGUUUAUCGUUGAUCAUUUUGGAAUCCAAAUUAAUGCUGAUGCAUUGACUACAGUACCUGCUGAACUUGUUAUGAAAAUGUGUACCCAACUAGGCAUACUAUGGUAAUGCAUUAUGUAGCUUAUUUGAACAGGCACAGGUUUAUAAUAUAAGCAUAUAAUUCAGUGAGAAUAGCAUUGCUGAUUCUGAUACAAUAUAAAGGUUGUAAUUCUGUUAACCAAAUUGCAACUGGAAGAGUAGCAGUUUAUUGAUGAAGACUGCAGACUUAAUGAAUGACCUUUUGGUUCAGGACAGGUCUUCAGACUUUCUUAUUGUUCAGGAGAUUUAUCUUUAUGGCAGUAUUUUAAAAAAAGGUAUUGAACUACCCUAAAAUAAAAACUGUAUAUUCUGUAAAAUAAUAAUAAUAAUACAAUAUAAAUACAUACACUUAAGGCCCAUAUUCCAUAUUCAGGUCGGAUUUGAUUAUGUACCAUAAAUAAAACUUGAUUUUAAUUAAACUAUUCUUCACUGUGUUGUUGACUUUAACAAUAUUCUGGUGUGCUUUCAUGAAUGCCAGACUUUAUUUAAUUUACAACAACUUCACAAGUUAAGGCUUUGUAAACAGAUCUGUCUGUUUCAGCUUCGCUGUACUUGUAGGUAUGUAAAAAUGUAACAAUAUUGUGUUAAAUUAAAGAACUUGCUAUCAGGGUUUUUAAGGGUAAGGGUAUUUUUUAUAAGUUAAGCCUGUACAAGAUAGCUGCAAAAAUGUAUAAUUAUUUUUUAUUCAGCCAAACAUAAUGUUUGACAAAGUGUUCUGUAAUUCAAUAUGAUUGCAUACCAGUGCCACAGAUUGAAGUUUGUUGAAGUUGAUGUGAAUGUGUUUCCAAUGUACAAUUAAAAAAAAAAUAAUAAUAAAAAAACAUAAUACUUAAA